CUUUUUGGUUCAAAUCAUGCCAUCACCUUUCUAAAUUUAAUCCUUUUUUUCAAUUGAUAAAGUGCAAAUUAUCCUUUAAUUAAUCGAAGGGUAUUGAUGAUAAUCAAUUAGAAGGAUAUAUAAAAAAAGUAUUCAGUCAUAUUUUUGGACAUAAUGUUCGAAAUAUAGGCAUGCAGUUUCAAUAAUUUCUUUAGAUUUAAAGGGUAUUUCUUAUGUUAAUCUUUUUUUUUUUAGAAUUGCUACGUAUGUAAUUACCAUGGAUUAUAAUCCAUAUAAAUAGCAUUUUAUUUAAAAUCUUUUUAGUACCCUUUUGUUCUAAUUGAAGAGGAAAGUUUAAUUUUAGGGUAUCCUUAAUUAUUUUCUCCUUGUAAUUAAGUUCAUUUCUAUUUUUUUUUUCCAAAAAUACAACUCUAAAAUUUUAUGUAAUUACCACUUUCCUAUCUAGAAAAGAUAGAGCCAAAUAUGUGCUAAUUUAGAUGUCUUAUCAAUCUUCUAAUUAAAAGAAAAAGAAAAAGAAAAUGACAUGAAAAAGUGGAGGUUCCUUGAGGAAGAAUAAAGGGUUGAAAAUGUGGACUUGUGGAGGGCUCAUCAACUUUUUUUUGAAAGGGAAAUUAGGAAUUGAUGCAUCUUUGCUUCUUUUCUCAAAGUUCCACAUAUCUUAUCCUCAAAUCUAUUUUCCUAUUGACCAUUUUUUUUUUUUUGAGAGAUUGGUAGAAUAAACUUAGCUGGAAUUAAAUGUGAAUCAAUUAGGAUUCGAACUUGAAAUUUCGAAUACCAAUCAUCAAGCUUUUUACCACUUGCGCUAGAAAAGGUCAGUCCUAUUGACUAUAUUAUAAUCAACAUUGCGCAUUAUUUUGUUCCCUUAAUUAGUACAUGUAGUAAUAAUCAUACCAUCCAAUAUGUUGUGUUCUUUAAGUUUCAUUUGGCUCGGGUAUAAGCAAGAACUGCCUAUUUCAUAUAUAGAUAUAAGUUCAGGUAUAAGUCCGAAAUAGGCUAAUUUUAUGUUUUGAUGAAAAUUAAGUUGUUCUCAGAAAUAAGAAAAAUAACGUUUAUAUAGAUAAGAUGAAAUAAGAAAAAUAGUACAUGCACUUCAAUGCGUGUCACAUUUCAGCACAGAAACUCAACUGGACACAUGAGCAGAUUUGCUAUAGAGAUAAAAAAUUUUAUCUUUACGUGCCCGAUGUUAGAGUACAAGAUACCUGAAAACACUGAGCAUGUGAUACCAAAACUCAGGAAAAAUAUUUUUCAAUAAAAUCAUUAACUAUUUACAAAUCCCAAGUACAUCCACCUACACCAUAAAAGCCUUUAGCUACAAAUAUCCUUUCUAAAGUGAAGUUAAAGUGUGUCCCUAAAUUGUGUGUGUAGACUAGUGGUACUAGUUAGCACCUUAGUAAAUUCGGAUUCGGCAAAAAUUCGGUACGAAUAUAAUGCGGAUAAAAUUCGUCUUCUAAUUUUUAAAUUUAUUAAAAAAUACGGCUAGAAAACGGAUUUACCAAUUAUUCGGAUACGUGAUUUAUAUGGAUAUUAUAUGUUCACUAAUUAAAAAUUCGAGAUAAAAAAUUCGAGUAUUAAAUUAAGUUGUUUUCUCUCAAGAUUUAUGCUAUCAGCAUAAAUAUUCAUAUUUCUUAAAAAGAUAAGAAUAAAGAGCUAUAAAAUUAAGCUAAUUAAGUAAAAAAAAUAAAUAAAUAAUUAAGCAAAUAAGAGAUUAAGAUAAUUCAUAAGAGAUUAAACCUUUUUGACCUAGUGAAUUUUUUUUUUUUGGAGGGAGGGGGGCAAAAGUUCACCAAAGGGUUUUUUUCUUUUUUUUUGAAUCGCGAAUAAUUCGCGAAUAAUCACUUUUGAUGAAAAAAUCGCGUUUUUUUCUGAAUUUUUUGAAAAAUAUAAAUACAGCCGUUUACUUCGUUUCUUCAAAUAUUCACGAAUAAUUCACGAAUAAUUCGCGAAUUAACUAACCAUGGUUAGCACCCAGCUAGAUCUACCCAAAAAAUAUUUCGAAAGAAGUGAAAAAUUUUAUAUCUAUUUUUUUAUACAUUAUUUCUUAUAAAAUUUGUCACACGGUAAUUCCUUCUUCACCCCACCCUUCUCACUCCUUGAUGCUUCACCUUCCCACCUCAUCUCUACCCGAUGUUUUGUUUUCCCAACAACCUACUUUCUAAUUAAUAUAUUCACAUGAUCUAUUUUUAUCUAGAUAAAUUGCUUAUAAAAAAAGAAUAAAAUAAAAUCUCUCCAUACUCAUUUUUAUCACACUAUUUUUUUUUCUUUUUGCUUUUUCUUGGUGCACAAGAAAUGUUCAAUUUUUAUAUUUUUUUUAAUUUUUUGUUUAAUUUUUUAAAUUGUGUGUGGAUUAAAAUUAAAAUGAGGAUUGCGGCGACGCAGCGAGGUGAAGUGCAAUAGAUUUGGAGUCGACGAAGGGGGACAAGCGAUGGGUGUGGGGGGAUCUGUAAGACAUCGACGUGGCCAUGAUAAAGGAGAAGCUCGACGCCGACAAUGGCGAUGGAGGAAACGCGGAGUACGAGAAUCGCCUGUCCGAUCUUGCCAGGGCGAUGAAGCAAGGAGGAGCUCGGGUCGUGCCGCGGAGCUCGAUUUCCACGUCGACGUCGCGCUGCGAAGCCAUUCGAGCAUACGGUUGCUGCUGUUACAUCGCGAGGAGGCUGGGCGAGGGGGUGUUUUCGCCAUCCUCGACGUCGCAUCGGCGCUGGAUUCGCUGUAAAGCGUCGACCGUCAGUGUUUCGGCUCGUACUCGGCGUAGGAACGUCGGAUUUCGACGGGACUUGGUUCGUUGGAUUCAGGACUUCGAGAGGAAUCCACGAAGCCCUUAUUUGCUGGAUUUGUUGAAGGGCGAUUUCGAACUUGAGCUGGACACCAUGGUUUUUUCAGUGGAUUUGGGGAUUUUUGGUGACCUCCUCGCUGCCGGGGUUUAGCGAUCUAGAGCCUGCUGUUCCGGCUGCUGCGUCUUCUGAGGUUGAUCGAGGCAAGGGCGUCGCGAACUAGAGCCCUACCAGACGAGUUGCUGAGAUAGAGGAUCACCAGCUGCAGGUAGUCCUGGUUUACUUUUGAGCUUUUGUACAUACUGAUGCUAGAUCUCGCUGGAGCGAGUACUUCUGUACUUAGUUAUCUCGUUUGUAUAUGAGAUUUGUUCGUUCUACCUGCUUAGUCUCUUUACAGCUCUACACUACUAUUUGUAGUAUUGUUGAUUUCAGAUACAGAUAUCGCUUCGUAUACAAGAAAAAUUCUUUGUAUACGGCGGAUUUGUUAGCGUGCCCGGAGAACGUGUAUUCGGGGCAUGACAAUGAAGAUUAUCAUUGUAAUCAAAGUGACGUAUAAAACA